AUGGCCUUCGACCCCUCAGACGUCCGAGAACCCUUCUUCUCUGUGCUCUGCGGAUAUGUAUCCAAUGUGCCUCUACGAUUGAUUCCAGAUCUUGCCAGCAUAUCGUUCGAGGAGGCUCACAAUUUCUUCUUGAAUCGACUGUUACUUAAUCCGCAUGUCCAAGCUUACCCGCCCGCGGAACGAUACCAGAUCCUGUUCUGGAAAUGGGCUAUCGAAACAUUGGAGUCGCUGUUGGAUGAGCAGGAUGCUGAGAUCGACGAUCGCCUGUACAACCACCUAGUCAACUUGAUCCGAUGCUCCUCAUCCAGCGGAACAAAUCCACCAUCGGCGAGCUAUGUCACCUAUCUGUGGAAGAGUUCUGAGACACAACGACAGCGCGCGUCCAUAUGCGCCGGGGUCGCGAAUGCGACGUUACUCGAGUCUCGUACGCUCGUCGAAAGGGGAACGACUGGACUCACUACAUGGACGGCCAGCAUCUCACUCGCCGAGUUUCUGUUCAAACACUCAGAGCUCGUGCAAGGCAAGCGUGUUCUUGAGCUAGGAUGUGGCGCGGGUUUUCUUGGGAUAGUCGUGGCAACGUUACAGCAGCGAUGUGGGAUCGCCAGGGCGAAGGAGCACGGCCGACCCUCGCUCUGGUUGACAGAUGUCGACUCUAACGUCCUGAGUCGCUGCCAGGAUAACAUACAGCUUCCCUGCAAUGCAUCGUCUUGCCAUCCAGACGUACAUUGCGCAAAGUUGAAUUGGAUGGAUGCGAACAAUCCUGCCGCGCGGCCAUCACUCGAGUCAACCAUUUGUACAGUCAAUGCAGAUGUGAUCAUUGGGGCAGACAUAGUGUUUGACCCCGCCAUAAUACCAGCCUUGGUUGAUACCAUGUCGUUGAUCAUGCACAGUGGCCAGUCCAAAUCCGGCAAACAUAUUAUAGCGUACAUUGCGCUCACCGUCAGGAACGAGGAAACGCUAUCACGCUUUGUACACACAUCUGAGCACUCACUCGAGUUGCUGGACAUUUCGACUGAACUAGUCGGACAAGGGAUACUGGCAGUGCCACGAAGCGAAGACCAAGAAAUAAGACUGUACAGAAUACAGCGUCGUAGGUAA